AUGUCUAACACCGAAAGAACCUUUAUUGCAGUCAAGCCAGAUGGUGUCCAAAGAGGCAUCUUCCCAGAAGUCUUGAGAAGAUUUUCUCAAAAGGGUUUCAAGUUAGUCGGUAUUAAGUUGACCCUUGCUAACGAAGAAUUGUUGAGAGAACAUUACGCUGAUUUACAAUCCAAGCCUUUCUUCCCAUCUCUUUUAUCUUACAUGACCUCUGGUCCAGUUUUGGCUACUGUUUGGGAAGGUAAAGAUGUUGUCAAGCAAGGUAGAGCUUUGUUGGGUGCUACCAACCCAUUGCAAUCUGCUCCAGGUACCAUCAGAGGUGACUUUGCAUUGGACAUGGGCAGAAACAUUAUCCACGGUUCUGAUUCUGUUGAAAAUGCUGAAAAGGAAAUCGCUUUAUGGUUCAAGAAGGAGGAAUUGGUCGACUACAAGGCUGAAAUGUACGGUUGGAUCUACGAGUAA